GAAAUUGUGUUGGCAAUCUACUCUACUCCCAUCAAGGGGAGCAAAGUAAUUUCACAUACAGUUCUUGUUUUUCCACGAAAUUGUCUUCUCGCCAGAGCACCAUUUUUUGUGGGAAUUCACUCAUAUUUCAUCGGGGUGACGAUUGAGAGUAUUUCUUGAGGGCGUCAGAGUCUGGGGGCGAGAAAGAAGGAGAAAGAUAAUGGCAACAAUGAAAUCUUCUUCGUUUAAGAUAAUAUUGGGUUCAUCGUCAAAGGCUCGUCGGCAAAUUCUAGAGGAGAUGGGAUAUGAUUUCACAAUCAUGACGGCAGACAUUGAUGAGAAGGGUAUUAGGAAGGAAAAGCCUGAAGAGUUGGUAAUGGCUUUGGCCGAGGCUAAGGCUGAUGCCAUUGUUUCGAAUCUCCAAGCUAUGGGUUAUUCAGAAGAGGAUAGUGACACAACAACGCUGUUAAUUACUGCAGACACAGUGGUGGUGUAUGAAGGGACAGUCCGAGAAAAACCAUCCAGCAAGGACGAAGCGCGCCAAUUUAUCAAAGACUAUUCUGGUGGUCAUGCAGCCGUCAUAGGAUCUGUAUUUGUAACUAACCUAAGGACAGGAACCAGAGAGGGAGGAUGGGAUAAAGCAGAGGUUUAUUUCCAUGACAUACCAGAUGAGAUAAUUGAUGACCUGAUUGAAGAGGGUGGUUCACUCAAUGUUGCUGGGGGUUUGAUGCUUGAACAUCCACUGACACUGCCUUUUGUCGAAUCAGUGGUGGGAACUACUGAUUGUGUGAUGGGACUUCCUAAAGCUCUCACACAAAACCUCAUCCAAGAGGCCCUUUAGCAGCCGUUGUAGUUGCACCAAGGCCCCUUUCCCUGCUUCAGCAUUUUAUCUUUAGGAUGUAUGAACCAUGCAUAUAAAUUGCGAACUCCAGAAUUUUUUAACUGUCAUGUCAGAGUUAUGGGUUGGAAUCCUGUUCAGAUACUCGCACACAAUUGUGUUUGUUAUUUUUGGUAGCUGAUGUUUCUAAUGAUUCUUUGCUUUUUUUGGGGGGUCAAAUAUUUGCUUUGUAAGUUGAACAAACACUGGCAUGAUUUACUUUUAUCAAAAAGAAGACAACUGAUUGACAGUGCAUGUUUGACACAACAAA